UAAUCUCUAUUUAAAUUACAGAGGUGAAAUAUGUGUCCCCAUACAAGCCAAGAACCACAGAACGUGUUACUCUACGGUCAGCCAAGACUGGCAGACGAUCGUCAUCAUACAAGAAUCUUAAUGAGGAGACUGGAUACCUCAGUCCGAGAAGUUCACCUAAAACACCAAAGAAAUUACGUGCAGUUUCAGCACCAAAGUACCGCAUGUAUAGUGGACCAAAUGGAGAGGAGUUUCAAGGCGGUCCUCCAACACUUGCACAGACCUAUGAAAUAGGCAAAAAGAUUGGAGAAGGAAAUUUCUCAAUUGUUAAAGAGUGUAUACAUAGACGUACAAACAAAAGAUAUGCCUUGAAAAUAAUCGAAAAAGAGAAGUGUAGAGGAAAGGAGCAUAUGAUACAAAAUGAAGUAGAUAUAUUAAAGAAGGUGAAACAUCCAAACAUUGUUGAACUGAUUGAGGAGUUUGAUUCGCACACAGAACUGUUUCUUGUCAUUGAGUUAGUCAAGGGUGGAGAUUUAUUCGAUGCAAUUUCUAUGGCAACAAAAUACACAGAAAAGGACGCAUGCGCAAUGGUGUUUAAUCUAGCGUGUGCACUCGAUUAUCUUCACACCAAUAAUAUUGUACACAGGGACGUUAAACCGGAAAAUCUUCUGGUAUGUGACCACGGUGAUGGUACAAAGUCUUUAAAGCUUGGAGACUUUGGUUUAGCAACAUAUUGUAACGAGACGUUAUACACAGUAUGUGGUACCCCAACAUAUGUUGCACCGGAGAUUCUAUCAGAGACAGGAUACGGUGCAAAAGUUGACGUGUGGGCUGCAGGAGUUAUCAUGUAUAUCCUUGUGUGCGGAUUCCCGCCAUUUUCUAGUGCAAAGAAUGACCAGGAAGAAUUAUUUGAUGCGAUACUGUCGGGCAAGUUUGAGUACCCUUCCCCAUACUGGGACAACAUCUCAAGCGAAGCAAAGGAUUUAAUCAACAAGAUGUUAACAAUUACACCAGAGGAACGCUACUCCGCUGACCAGGUUACAAAACAUGACUGGGUUACGGCUGAUACAGCGUCGGACAGAGAUAUUCAUACAGCAAUUGCAAAAGAGAUAAAGUCAAGGUUUAACAGAAAGCCUUUACCUUCAAUCAGCUCGGCCGGUAUAAGACUUGUAGCGGCAACAGCCCUAGAUAAAGAGUCUAGAUACUUCGAGGGACCUAAGCAUGCGCAACUAACGUUACCGGAUAAAAAUGUAGACGAAGAGGAAGAUAAUGAUGACGAAAUAUUCUAGGUUUUCGUAAAAUAUAAAUGCAACUGAAAAAAUAAGUUUGCAUAAGAUCUUAUCUUAUAAGAACUUAUAAUUAGGGUAUUUUCAAUAUGAAAUAUUAUAAUAUUAUCAUUAUAAAAUUCAAGAAUAAACCGUUUCAUGUCAUGUUUUAUUUCCAGCAGUAAAAAAGUGCACAUACAUUUAUUUUGUGUUGUUAAUUUGUUUUUAGUUAGUUUUGAAAUUGUUCGGAAAUUGGUUAACUUGGUAGCUGUAAUUAAAUUUCACAAAAAUAUCUUAAAAUUACGAAAAUAAAUAGUUGCAUAACUAAACAGAUACAAUAUGGCAAAGGUUCACAUAAAGUUUCUUAUCAUGGAAGUUUGUUCACACAUUUAUAUAAUAUUUCUUUAUGUUUCCAAAGAACAUUCCUUUCGGUUGCAGUCACGCCGUUUUUCUGAAUAUACAUUAUCGAUUUAAGAUAGCAGACGAUACCAAAUAUUGUCGUCUGCGAAAUACAUAAUGCUUUACAUGUAUAUUGGCAAUUGUCCCAGUAAUUGAGCCGCGUCACGACAAAACCAACAUAGUGCGUUUGCGACCAACAUGGAUCCAGACCAGCCUGCGCAUCCGCGCAGUCUGAUCAGGAUCCAUGCUGUUCGCUAUCUGUUCUCUACUUGUAAUAGGGUUAGUAAGCGAACAGCAUGGAUCCUUAUCAGACUGCGCGGAUGCGCAGCUGGUCUGGAUCCAUGCUGGUCGCAAACCCAUUAUGUUGGUUUUGUCAUGACACGGCUCAAUUAUGUUUGCACUUGCUUUAAGUAACAGAUGGCGCAAAGAAAUUUUGGUUAACAAGUUGCACUUUGCAACAACACGAUAUUCGGAUGCUUAGAUGUUGUUGUUAUUGUCGUUAUCAGCAGCUGACAAUCAUCAGAGUUUCCAAAGAUAGAUUUUGUUUUUGUAUUAAAAGAGAUUCAACAAUUCGACUGUAAUGCAUUCUUAGUAGUUUCAAAAUUCAAGGACUUUUAACAAAGGAUACUAAAUUUCAUUUGAGGGCGAUAUAUUAGGUAUACAUUUUUACCUGAGCGAUGUUAGAGAGCUAUACGUUUAUAUGUAUAUAAUUAUAAAUCAAUAUUUAUGUUAUUUCGUGAAAAUGUUAGUAUUAUAAAUGUUGUUCAAUGUCAAACUAUAAAUAUUCAUGCUAAUUACAAUAAUGUUCUGAAUAUACAUGUACCUUAUAUAGCUUUUUUAUUGUUGUAAUAUUAAUUAUCACUUUAUAUCAACUAGUUUACGUUAUUAUAGUAUCUUUUGAACGUUGCAUUUGUGACAAGUAUCUCAACAACAAAACUAUUAUGCAUGGCUAUUAUUGCUGUUUACAUCUGUAUUUGUAAUUGGUGCUUCUAAUGUCUCUAUGUCCUGCAAUAAUGAAUAAAAUAUUUUCUUGCCUUAACAA